AUGUCGUCGAGCAAAGUGUUGGGGCGCGGUGGUGGCUUGAGCGCGUCUCUGCUGGGCCGAAUUUCUGCCGGACGCCGGUCCAGCACUCGCCGGACCCUGGACAGCGCGCGAUUCGGCCCGGCUUCUUCCCCGCAUUCACCGCCUGGCACAAGCGCUUUUACGGCUGGGACGCCAACGAGCUAUAACCCGUUGCCUUCUUCAGCCUCCCUUGCGACCAACUCAUCCCUUCUUGCACCUGCACGCUCCCGACUCUUCAGCUCCAGCAAUCGCACACCGCAGCCCAUCGUUCACAUCCCUGGCGACCCCAAGAACAUCAUGUCCAAGCCCGUCAACGCCAACGUCGACUUUGACAAGACCGUCGGCCACGACGCCGGCACACAGCCCGUCGCUUGGAACCGUCGCGACCUGCUCACCUACGCCGUCAGCAUCGGUGUGGGGCCCGAGGACCUCGACUAUGCCUACGAGCGCGAGGCUGGAUUCCGCGCCUUCCCCACCUACCCGGUCGUGCUGGCUCUCAAGGGCACCUCGCAGGACACCACCGUCUUCUCCGAGAUGGUCUCGUCCCGCGCGGCUGUGCCUGGCUUCCCCUCGCUCGACCUCAACACGGUGGUGCAUGGUGAGCAGUCGAUCGAGAUCCAUGCUCCGCUCCCGCUCGUAUCGGGCGAGGGCUGGAAGCUCGAAAAGCGCAUCUCGGCCGUGCACGACCGACCCAAUGGUCUGGUCAUGGAGACCGAGAUGCGUCUCGUGAGCCCCGUGGGUCGCAACCACGCCACGAUCAUCGGAAGCAGCUUCUAUCGCGGUGGUGGCCAGGGCACUGGCUUCAGCAAGGCGCUCAGCAAGAGGCUGCCCCAGCCAAAGGCGCCCUCGCGCGAGCCGGACUUUGUGCUCGCCGAAAAGACCACACUGCAGCAAGCCAUGCUCUACCGUCUCUCGGGCGACUACAACCCCAUCCACAUCGACGGCGGUCUGGGCAAGAAGGUGGGUCUGGGCGGAACGAUUUUGCACGGACUGUGCUCGUUUGGCUUUGCGGCGCGUGCGGUGCUCAAGGCUGUCGACCCCAACGACGGUGUGCCCGCCAACCUGACCAACUCGAGCGCGCGACACGAACUCGAAGCCUUCGCUGUGCGCUUCACCUCGCCCGUCAAGCCGGGCGACGAACUCGAAACCAAGGUCUGGAUCACGGGCACCAAGGACGGAAAGACCGAAAUCGCCUUUGAACAGUUCGUCAAGGCGACCGGUAAGAAGAGUCUCGGUGCAGGAUACGCGCGCGUCGUAAAGAUCCCCAACAACGACGCUGCCCGCUUCGCAAAGCUCUGA